AUGCGAGCUAUUCAGCUUCGGGAAUAUGUCAAGGGUCCUCUUGACCUAACCGUAAAUGACCUUCCCACUCCCUCGCCCUCGCCCGAUCACUACCUAAUUGAAAUCCACUCCGCGGGCACCAACUUCUUCGACCUGCUCCAGAUUCAGGGCAAGUAUCAACACCAGCCGCCCUUCCCAUGGGUCGGAGGCGCUGAGUUUGCCGGCACCAUCCUCGCCGUGCCAACAGCCUCGGACCAGAAGCAUCGCUUCAAUGUCGGUGAUCGCGUCUUCGGAGCUACCCAGGGCGCUUAUGCCACUCAUAUCCUAGCGCCGGAGCAGGCUCUCCUGCCUGUGCCGGAGGGGUGGAGCUUUGAGGAUGCCGCUGGGCUGUUUGUUACGGCGCCGACGUCAUAUGGGGGGUUGGUGCAUCGGGCGAAUGUCCAAGCGGGUGAUUGGGUGCUUGUGCAUGCGGCUGCUGGGGGUGUUGGAUUGGCUGCAGUGCAGAUUGCCAAGGGUAAGGGAGCGACUGUGAUUGCGACGGCGGGAACGGAGCGCAAGAGGCAGAUUGCGAAGGACUUCGGGGCGAACUAUGUCAUUGACUACCGGAAGAAGAACUGGCCUGAGGAGGUCAAGAAGUUGUGUGCGGCGAAUCGAAGUGGAAAUGGGAAGGCUGGUGUGGACAUCGUCUAUGACCCAGUGGGUAUGAUUGAAGCGAGUCUUAAAUGUGUGGCGUGGAAUGCGCGUCUGCUGGUGAUCGGUUUUGCUGCGGGCAAAAUUGAGAAGGCCGCGCUGAACCGGGUGUUGCUGAAAAAUGUUAGCCUGGUUGGUGUGCACUGGGGACAGUAUGCCAAGUUCGAGCCGCAGACGGUUGGGCCUGUUUGGCAAGGAAUCUUUGACUUGGUGGCUCGUGGUCAGUUCAAGGGUACUGCGUUCAAGGAUGAGAGCUUUGUGGGCUUGGAGAGUGUUCCCAGGGCUUUGCAGGCUCUGGGUGGAAGAGGAACCUGGGGCAAGGUUGUGGUAAAGGUCAUCGACGAUGAAGCCAAGAGCAAGCUGUAA